AGGGAAGGAAGGGAAGGAAGGGAAGGGAAAGGGAAGGGAAAGAGAAGGGAAAGGAAGCCUGAAGGAGAGGGGUGGUGCUGGGAAGGAGAGGAGAUGCGGGGCGUAGGAGAGAACCGGGAAAGGAGGGGAGAAACUAGAGUGAGAAGGAAGCUGAAAUAGAAACAUUUCCAGUGUUCUUACAGAGAAGAUUGCUGUGGUACUAAAUUACAAUGAAGAGCUCCAGGGUCUCUCUGGUUGUGCCUUCAUUUGACUGUCAGGAGUUUACUGGAAUUAGAUGAAUUUUGUACAUUUGUACAGCAGAAAUACCAAUUGUUCUGAAAUUAUCCUGUUACAAGAAAUUGUGAAAGAUGGCUUUCACAGGGACUUGCUAAUAAAAGUGAAACUUGGCACAAGCAUUGAAAAUUCACCGACUUGCAGUGUUUUGAUUAAACAUCACCUCCCAACUGGAUUAUAUGUGGAUCCAUAUGAACUGGCUUCAUUACAGGAACACAAUGUGACAGAGGCAAUGAUAAUUCAAAAUACUGUUGACUUAGAAGCUCCUGAGUAUUUGUCCAAAGAAUUUGAUGUCUUUGUUUAUGCCAAGUCAGAUUCUCAGUGUUCUGAGUGUUUCAAAACAUUUUUGCCUGUUCACUGCCGGUAUCAUCAGCCUGAGGAAAAAGAACAAAGAGCCUUUGUGAUGGUGAAGAACCCAGAAUUAUUUGUCCGUUGCUACAAUGAUUUUCCUUCUCUGAACUGCUGGAAACAGUCUGACGUGGAAGCUCCUUGUUCUAUGAAGAAUAAACACCUCUGUAAAUGGAGCAGUGUGAAAUAUCAAUCAGUAAAUCAGAAUGUGAUACUACAGGUUCCAGUGGGACUAAAAGUACAUCAUUUCCUUGUAUGUGUUGUGACAAUGCUUGUUACAAUCUUAUGUUCUGGCCUCAUCUUUAGAGCUGUCUUAAAACACAGUCAUUUCUCUUUGUGAGAAUGUCAUGUCAUGAAAUGUUUAUGGUAGACCUGCUGAAGGCUUAUUGAUUUGUGGUAUUCUAGAAUUUUGACAUUACUUUUAAUUGAUAGCAACACAUUUUAAUUUUGGUAAGACAGUUUAAUAAAAAUACAAAAUGGCAUUUUGUAGAUAAUUUCACCCAUUUCUCACUUAAUACAUGAAUUUAACGCUGAAUUUGUGCUUGCUAAAUCCUUAAGUAUCAAGUGCCAUUAUGAACAGUUUCAUUCUGUUAAAUGGAUAAAUUAUUUGGCAUAGAAUAGGGUCAGCUGCAAGAUUAUAAGCCCUUUAAGGGUAAAGAAUCAUGUCUUAUUUUUGUUAUCCUUUACACAGAUUAAUGCAACUUAUCACACUUUUUGUAAUAGGUGUUAAUUGAAUUGGGAGAGAAAAAUGAGUUCCCCAUGCAGAGAGAUGGAUUUCUUAUACAUUUUGUCAUUGCUAACUAAUAGAUAUUUUAAAAAUCAAGGAAAGCAUUACAGUUGAGGAACCACAAUAUUUUAAAUCAGACAUUAAAUAAGGCAUAGUUUUUUAGAAAAACAAUAAAGCCUUUUAGCCAGAGGUUUAAGGAGAAAUAAAAUUAGCAUAAGGGAUUAUGGCAUUUUAUCUCUUAUUAUACUGCCUGUGGGUUUCUUGGAAAGGAAGAAUUGUGAAGCUAGUUAAUAAUAAUCUUUAGGGCAAGAGAGUUGUGAGGAACAUGGCUCAAUUUCCUCCUUAAAGAAGCUCUUUAAAAAAAAUCAGUGCUUUCUAUGAAGUCUUAUGUGUUUUAUAAGAAAAUAACUUACAGAUUAUGAUUUUUAAAAAUAGAACCUGAGUCAUUACUGUGUGGUUCAAAAAUAUGAAAUAAGAAUAGCAGUAGGUAAAUUUCAAAAUAACACUAUGAAGUAAAUAAGUUGCUAACAAAUCAGGAUGUAUUAUUUUAAAUAUAUACAUAUAUAUUUAUUUUGUUACAUGCAAACACUUUAUGCAAUUUUUGAGUUCCAAAUUCUGUUCCUCCUGCCUGCCCCUCCUCACCUCUUGAGAAGGAAAACAAUAUGAUAUGGAUUAUACAUGGGAAGUCAUACAAGAACGUAUUUCUAUGUUGGCUGUAUUGCAAAAGAAGAAAAAAAUCAAGAAAAAUAAAGAAAGUUAAAAAAAGUAUA